AACCAGCACAUAUUUGCUCUACCAUUACGUAUAGUUAUUACGAGUCUUGAGGCCACCAUUGUAAUGGUAUUUUACAGUACACAGCUUCCCCAAACUAGCUAAGCAAUAUGAAUGUAUGUCCAGGAAACUAUCUCAAGUAUCUCGCAAACUGGAUAUGUAGCGAUCGGACAAAGACCUAGCGGUCAUUCCCUCGAUCUGGACCUAGGAAAGUUGCACACGAACGCUUAUAUAAAUGCCUGAACUUGAUACAGUAGUGCACUUUUCCAUGCGACUUCGCCUAGAGCGCUUUUCCUUUCACAAUAGAAAAUAAUGUAAUUUUGUAAUUUACAAAGCGCAAACGUCCAUCAUGUCAAAGAGGAUCCUAAUGUUCGUGGCUUUCGCCGCGCUGGUGUGUGCGAACGAAGUGGAGGAUUCGGAUCAGAAGAAACGUGGCGCCGGUAAGGGGACCAGUUUGAAUUCCAUCCCUACUGGAGCCCAAAAACCGGACUACACGUAUCAGGUUUAUUCUCAGACCCCGAGUUCACAGGGCAGUUCUUACCAGACUCAAGUCCCGAAUUCCUUCUAUCCGAGUCAAGCGUCAAGCCAGUACUACUCAGUCCCGAGUCAGCAGGAGGUAUCUCCGGGGUAUUCCCCUCAACCACAAAUAAACCUUAUUCCUCCGCCGGCUACUUCACCAUUCCUUCCCAUUAAUUUUGUUCCAAAUCCAGGUUAUCAAUCGAAAUAUCAAAUAAUCCCUUCUAAAACAACAAACGGGAACAUACAGCUACUUAUACAACCAUCCUCUAAUUACCAGUCGAGUCCUUUUCUGCAAUAUCCACAGUCACUGUUCUCACCUAACCCCGCAAACCAUCAGUACAGUCAACAGCAACUUCAACUGCCUUCUCAGCAACAAUUCAAUGUGGCCUCUCCGUACCAGCAAUUGCCUUUGAGUCAGUCUUACUUAGGCCAGCCAUCUACUAUGUUUCUUUUAGCGCCGCCUAAUCCUUAUAAUAACUUGUUGUAUCCUGGUCCGAAUCCUUCGCAAAGUUUUUACAACUACUAUCCAUCGAACGCCCAGCAGAAGUAUAAUUUGUCUUAUGGAUCAUCGUCACAGCCGUCGGUUGAGUAUGAGAAAGUUCAGGGGCCUAUAUCAUCGAGCUUGCCCAAGGAAGAUAAUGAUAUUGGGUCGCACGGGAGUGACUUCGUUCCUUCGGACACUAGCAGCAGUUACAAGACGGCGUACGCGACCAGCCGCAGCGGCACGUACUCCAAGCUAAAAUGACUCAAUGUGUAUAACUAAUUAAAUCUAGUUACCGCUU